AUGCGGCUGUCGGUGGUGGUCGCCAUCUCGCAUGGGCGCGUGUACCGGCAGCUUGGGCUGGGCCCGCGCUCGCGCCUCGACAUGCUGCGCAACCUGGUGACGGCGCUGGUGCGCCAUGAGCGCAUCGAAGUGCCCUGGGCGCGGGCCGACGAGAUGCGCGACUAUGCUGAACGGCUCAUUGACUACGCCAAACUGGGAGAUACCAAUGAGCGCGCCAUGCGCAUGGCGAAUUUCUGGCUGACGGAGAAGGAUCUCAUCCACAAGCUGUUCAAGGUGCUAGCGCUCCGGUUCCAGCCCCACCCCGGCAGCUACACGCGCAUGCUGCAGAUCCCCAACCGCGAUAGCAUUGACCGCGCCAAGAUGGCAGUCAUUGAGCUCAAGGGGAACCCCUUCCCACCGCUCAUCGUUCGGCGCCGUGACACCGAGAAGACGCUGCUCAACCAGCUGCUGAAGGGUUAUCGGGAGGACAAGAAGUGGGCAGCCUCAGAGGCCCUCAAGGGCACUCCUGUUUAGGUAUCCAUUUCUACCCUGAGGGAGGCCCCAUGCCCACACAGGGGUGGGGCUUGGCGUGAGCUGCCCAGGCACCAGUUGGCUUGUUGCAGUCCUGGAGCACAGGAAUGGAAGAUGUCCCAGGAGAUCUGAAGGUUGAUUUGUAACUUUAAGGCUCCAUGAUGGAGGCACAAACUCAAGCUUUAACUUGCUUCUUCCUGUAGCUUGAAUAGAGACUCAGCAAGAGGAGGAAAUCAAGCUGGGAGCCAUAAUGGUUGAUAUUCUCUAUGUAAAUAAAUUCUGUUC